AUGGAAUGGACAUAUAUGAGUUACACAGUUGCCAAUUAUGGAAUUACAUUUGGUCUUAUUCUUAUUACGAUUUUGGGUGUUUUUGUUACAUAUUUUAGUUCAAGAAAAGGUCGAGAGUUUGUUAUUGAAAAAGUUAUUGGAAUCAAUCCGGAAAAAGCACAUGAUACUUAUGAUGAUCAAAAUAUCAAAAACCUUUCUCUCGACACGAAUGAAAAUCAAUUUAAACAACGGUCCACUUUUUAUAUUGGUAUAUUUUGUUGUUUACUCGGAGGAAUGAUAUUAUCUAUAACAGCCGUACUCAUGUUUCAAGGUUGUUUCUUGAUGGAUAUUAGACUUGUACCAGGUGAUAAUUGUCCUAAAUAUACGAUGGAUUGUUUUGUUUUUGAAGGCAGUAGUUUUGCUCCUAUAACACAUAACGCAACAUUCGUUUGUCAAUAUAUGAAUAAGGCGGAAUUUCCUGCUGAUAUCUCUGAUGCUACGGCAUGGUGUUAUGCAUGGAUUAUUCGUUACCAAUCUGUAGCAAGUGUUUUAGAUCAGAUCGGUAUAGCUAUUGCUCUUAUUGGUUUCUUUACAACAAUCUUAGCUAUUAUUGUUUAUCUUGGUAAAAGUAUAAAAACUAUUAUAGUAUCUAUGAUUAUUAUUUCAAGCUGUUGUGCUCUUAUUCUUCUUCUUCUGUUUUUCAAAUGGUCAUUUGCCCCUUUAACGUACGCAAUUCUUUCAUUGGGUAUAACAUUAGGAGUAUUUGGAUUACUUCUCUUUUGUCUUCUAUCCAAAGCAGAAAAGCAGACGAAUAGCACACAAAUACUCACACCAAUUACAAAUCCAUUGAAUAUAGAACAAUCCACUUCAUCGACAAAAUUAUCUGACGAACUUGUAAUUAUACAUCAUUCAUCAAAAGUCACACCUUUAUAA